AUGGAAGACGCCUACGAUUACCUGGCGGUCGAUUUCGAUCUCAAUUCUCUCACCGUUCCCCGGCUGCGCUCUAUCCUCGUCAACCAUGACGUCCCCUACCCGGCCUCCGCCAAGAAGGCGCAGUUAAUCCGCAUCUUGGAAGAUGAGGUCUUACCCCAGGCCAAGAAGCUGCUGCGCGAGCGCGAGCGCGUGAAGAGGACAAGCGAGGGCAUUACGGAUAUGCCAAGUCGCGCGACCUCUGUCGCCAGUGAAUAUGAUGCACCCCCCGCGCGAGCGCGUUCCGUCCGUGAUUCGCAACCGCCGCCGACUCCCUCAACCGUCGGCCGACGGGGCCGCUCCCGCGUCAGCACGAGGCAAUCGACCGUGGAGACAGACGACGGACAGACGCCUGCGGCACCCGCGACACCCGCGACUACAUCGAGGAAAACCGCGCCCAAAUCGGAAUCUAAACGCUACGAUCUAUCCGACCUGCAGGACUAUCAUGAGGUCCCGGUCACCCCGCGCGAGCCACGCACGGCCAGCCCCCGCAAGUCAACCGCCAGAAAAUUACGGAGAAGUGAGAUGGCUCCCUCGACCGAGCCAGAGCCCCCAGUGUCGGCGAUCAAGGCCGAGCCGCUCGAGGACGGUCAUUUCAGCACGGAUAACCCCUUCCAGAGCGGAAGUCCGGCGCGAGAUCCGACCCGUGACCAAAAGCGCAGGAGCAGUUCGCGACGUUCAACGCAGAGCCCGGCCCUGAGUCACGGGCUCCGUGCCCGGAAGUCUGAGACCCCGGUUUUCCCCGCCCCCGACGACAGCGGGAGAGCUUCCGCGCGGGCGUCGCUCGCAUCACCCGCCUCCAAAUGGACGUCUCCGAAACUGUCCCAGCCUAUCGAAGAGGAGGACGAAGAGGACGACGAAGUAGAGGAGGAAGAGGAGGAGGAAGAAAGUGGACUGAGCGCGGGAGAAGAGUUCACUCCCGAUGAACAACUAGCGCUAGAGCGGGAACAGGCCGACCGACUUUAUCCACCGCGUAACCAGACCCGACGACCUCGGAAACAGGGACCAGUCAGCAAAGCGGCCCCGUGGGUAGUGAUACUGAUGCUGUUUGGAGGCUUCGCGGCCUGGUGGCGGCAGGAGAAGGUCGAGAUCGGCUUCUGUGGCAUUGGCAAACCGACGUGGUCGUUAGCCGAAACCAAGGUUCCCGAAUGGGCCAGCGUCUUGGAACCGCAAUGUGAGCCCUGCCCGCCGCAUGCUUUCUGCUAUCCCGACUUCGAGGCUCGCUGCGAGCACGAUUUCAUCCUCAAACCUCAUCCGCUGUCGCUGGGGGGAUUGAUCCCGUUGCCUCCCACCUGUGAACCCGACAGCGAGAAGGCACGCCGCGUCAAGGCCGUCGCCGACAAAGCCGUUGAGAAGCUCCGAGACCGCCGGGCCAAGUAUGAGUGUGGAGAACUAUCAGAGGGCGACAAGGCAGCCAAAGGCCCGGAGAUCACCGAACCAGAUUUGAAACAGGAAGUUGGCGAAAAGCGCCGCAAGGGCAUGAGUGAUGCCGAGUUCGAUGAUCUCUGGAAAGGGGCCCUCGGCGAAAUCGUCGGCAAAGACGAGGUUAUCACCAAAUCGGAACCCUCUUCUGUCCUCAUCCUCACAUCAACUUCCGUCAGCCGCCUACCCCUCACAUGCGCCUUCCGCCGCUACGUCCGACUCUCUAUCCUCGCGUAUCGACUCCCUCUUUCAAUUUUAGCUCUAUGCAUAGGUCUCGCCACCUACGCUCGCUCUAGGUACCUUGCUCGUCGAUCCGACUUGGGCCGCGUCCCCGACCUGGUCGCUACUACCCUAGACCGCCUCGCAACGCAGGCAGCCUUGCAUGCGCGCGGAGAAGCCCGGGAAGCGUAUAUCCCCAUUGGGCAGUUGCGCGAUGAUGUCCUCCGGUCUGAACUGCAGGGCAGUCGGCGCGAAGGAUUAUGGCGACGGGUUCGCGGUGUUGUGGAAGGAAAUGCCAACGUCCGCGCUGCCGUGCGAGAGGGUCGCGGUGGAGAUGUGGCACGCGUGUGGGAAUGGAUUGGUGGGAUCGGCGGUUGCAGCGCUGACACUACCGGCACUCCAUGCACGGAAUGUGCCCUACACAACCGGGAGUGUAUCAUUGACGAAUUUGCCGACAAACGGCGCAAGGUUGCGGCCCGGCGGGCCCACGAGGAUCUCAAAUAUUACCGUGGGUUUUUGGAAGAACUACUCACCGCGAUUCGGUACUGCAACCAGUCGACGGUGGAUACGAUCGUCGAUGUUAUCCGGUCGGGGGCAUCUCAAGAGGAGAUCCAGGCCACAGUCAGCCAAUUCGGCAGUGAACGUCUGAAGGAGCAAGAUCAGUUGCCCGCUUCCCAUCCGACCAGGGUUGAUGGUGAUGCGUCCUCAUUGACGCCGGAUAACAUCUGA